UGUCAUUCAAAAUAAUGUUAUAAUCUUUUGAUUUUAGCAUUUAAAAAAUAAUAAUUAUGGAAAUAAAUUUUAAAGGAAAAAAUGCUUUAGUAACAGGCGCUGGUCGAGGCAUAGGAAGAGAUGUGGCAAAAGCUCUUAGUUUAGCUGGUGCUAAAGUAUAUGCAAUGUCAAAAACUGAAGAAAGUCUGCUUACUUUGUCAAAAGAAGACCCUAAAAUAAACACUAUACUAUCCGAUGUAACUGACUGGGAGAACACCUGGAGUCACAUUGAAAAAAUUAGUCCGAUCCAUCUUUUGGUUAAUAAUGCCGGGGUCGCCAAAUUGCAACGAUUUCUGGAAAUCGAUAAGCCUUCGAUUCAAUUUCAAUUCGAUGUCAAUUUUAAUGCCGUUGUCAAUGUUUCCCAAGCCGUCGUUCAUUACAUGCUCCAACACAACCUCACUGAAGGAUGCUCCAUUGUUAACGUAUCCAGCCAGGCUGCCCUUGUAGCGAUUCCUGACCACUCUAUCUACAGUGCCUCUAAGGCGGCUCUGGAUGCCCUUACUAGAUGUAUGGCCCUUGAGCUGGGACCUAAAAAUAUACGAGUAAACUCAGUUAAUCCAACGAUCGUUAUGACGGAUAUGGGAAAGGUUAAUUGGUCUCGUGAUAAUCCUUUAAGCGAAAAAAUGAGACAAGAUAUUCCGCUACAAAGAUUUGCCGAUGUUUCCGAGAUCGUUAAUGCGAUACUGUAUUUGCUCAGUGAUAAAGCGAGUAUCAUAAAUGGCAUAAGUUUGCCUCUAGAUGGAGGUUUUACAAUAAGAUAAUUUGUAAUUUUCUUUAUAUUUUUUCUAUCUUUAUGCAGAAUAUUAUAAUUUAUAUAUCAAAUCGAAUGAUGAUACUUUAUAAUUCUUCAUUUUUAUAUUAUCUUUCUUUAUAUUUUAUAUAUAAUAAAUUUAUAUA